AUGGCGGAUGCCAUCUUCGGCCGGCUCUCCGUCUACGGCAGUGUGCUGCGGACCGAGGAAAGCAGCGUGCUGCUGGACAUCGCCACCUGCGUCAAAACGCAGUGGCGCUCAAUCCACUUCCCGGGCAGCGAUCCGCGGGGCUGGCCGCUCGGUCUCGCGCAGAAUAGCUGCCUCAUCCAGAUGGUGCUUGGCAUCCCCGUCCCCGCGGAGCCUGCUAUCCUGACUACAAUCAGGGCUGCGAACGAGCUCCUUGACCUACCGCUACACCCGCCAUUGAUUGGCGCCUGCGACCGAAUCUUGGCGACGCUACACGGGCUCCUGCGGGAGGCGGACGGCAUCCGCGCGGCACUUGAGCUGGACGAGCAGCUGCCGCUCCUACACCUGCUGGCCGACGUCCCGUACUCCCGCUCAGCUCUCGCUCCAGCAGCCUGA